GCGGACACGCCCCUUCCGGCCUAAGACCCGCCCACCGGUUUCGCCCACGGCCCCGCCCCUCCGCGCGCUCAGCGCUCGGUCCUCUCAGCGCCCGCCGCUGGCCGCGUCCACCCCCGACGCUCUGAGGUCACCGACGGGGCCGAGCUGCGGGGGGCGGAGGGACGGAGGGAAGAUGGCGGCCAAGGCCGGAUAUUGGCGCCGCCUCCCCCAAUCCUGGAGCCGGCGCAGAUGAGGCGGCUCGGCUGGGGCCAGCAGCGCUUCGGAACCCGAGCUGGGGGGACCCUGGCGGUGGGGCCUGGCCCUGCUGUAUGCCGGCGCCUCGGCUAGAGUGAGCGGCGGCGGCGACGCCUCUUUGCCCUGGCCCUCUCCCUGUCGCUGUGAGUCCGAGCGGGUGGCAGGCGGCACAGGCGGCGGGGCCGGGAUGGAGGACGUUAACUCCAACGUGAACGCGGACCAGGAGGUGCGGAAGCUGCAGGAGCUGGUGAAGAAGCUGGAGAAGCAGAACGAACAGCUGAGGAGCCGCUCGGGGGCCGUGCAGGGCGUCGGCUCCCUCGGGCCCGGCAGUCCGGUUCGGGCUGGCUCGUCCACUCCCUCCUCCGGCGCGGCGUCCCCUCGGGGCUUCCCCUUGGGCCUCAGCGCCAAGUCCGGCGGCGGGGUCGGGUCGGGCCCGAGGCGGACGAGUAGCGAGGAGCUGCGGGACGCCACCUCCUUGCUGGCAGCGGGCGAGGGCGGCUUGCUGGACGAGGUGGAGCCGCUGCGGCCCGAGGAGCUGGAGCGCCUGUCAGGCUGGGAGGAGGAGGAAGAGAGCUGGCUGUAUUCAUCACCAAAGAAAAAACUUACACCAAUGCAGAAAUCAGUUAGUCCAUUAGUUUGGUGCAGGCAAGUUUUGGAUUACCCAAGUCCUGAUGUUGAAUGUGCUAAAAAGUCUCUUAUCCACAAACUUGAUCAAACUAUGUCAGCUCUCAAGAGGCAGAAUUUAUAUAAUAAUCCUUUCAACUCCAUGAGUUACGCAAGUCCUUACAGUCCGAAUGCAAGUAGCCCAUACAGCAGUGGUUUCAAUUCUCCAUCCUCAACCCCAGUGCGACCUCCUAUAGUCAAACAGCUAAUACUUCCUGGAAAUUCAGGUAAUUUGAAAAGUUCAUCAGACAGAAAUCCUCCACUCAGCCCUCAGUCCUCUAUAGACAGUGAGUUAAGUGCUUCAGAAUUAGAUGAAGAUUCAAUUGGAUCCAAUUAUAAGCUAAAUGAUGUAACUGAUGUACAGAUUCUGGCUCGGAUGCAGGAAGAAAGUCUCCGUCAAGAGUAUGCAGCCACCACAUCUCGGCGCAGUUCUGGUUCAUCUUGCAAUUCUACAAGACGGGGUACUUUUAGUGAUCAGGAACUUGAUGCGCAAAGUUUAGAUGAUGAAGAUGACAAUAUGCAUCAUGCAGUAUACCCUGCUGUUAACAGGUUUUCACCAUCACCACGCAAUUCACCUCGACCAUCACCUAAGCAAUCACCCAGAAAUUCACCUCGUUCACGAUCUCCUGCUCGGGGAAUAGAAUAUAGUAGAGUGUCCCCACAGCCUAUGAUUAGCCGCUUACAACAACCUCGCCUUUCACUUCAAGGUCAUCCCACAGAUUUACAGACAAGCAGUGUCAAAAAUGAAGAAAAACUGAGACGCAGUCUUCCAAACCUGUCCCGAACAUCUAGUACACAAGUUGACUCAGUGAAAAGCAGCAGAAGUGACUCAAAUUUUCAAGUGCCAAAUGGAGGAAUACCUCGCAUGCAACCUCAGGCUUCAGCCAUACCUUCUCCAGGCAAAUUCCGCUCCCCUGCAGCACCAUCUCCUUUGGCUCUCCGGCAACCAGUAAAAGCAUUUAGUAACCAUGGCUCUGGUUCUCCUGGUAGCCAAGAAACAACACAGCUCACACAGACCACCUCCUCACCUGGGCCUCCCAUGGUUCAGAACACAGUCCCAGCAAAUCCUCCGAACAAUAUCAACAGCACUACUCUAACCAGACCUGCAGGGACAACCGCGAUGAGAAGUGGCUUGCCCAGACCCAGUGCCCCUUCUGCUGGGGGUAUACCAGUGCCUCGCAGCAAACUUGCACAGCCUGUUCGCAGAUCCUUGCCAGCUCCUAAAACCUAUGGUAGCAUGAAAGAUGACAGUUGGAAAGAUGGCUGUUAUUGACCAGCAAAGAUGAGAAUGCAGAGGUCCACAGCUUCAUGGAUACCCCUUCACCAGGCUAAAAGACAACUUUUAUAUGCAGACUGUUCAGAUGAGACUCUUGGGGUUUAUAAAUCCCAGCCCUCUCUGUCUUAAUUAGCACAAACUGACAGAGAUGAUCAAGCAGCACUUUAAUGACAUUUAACAUCAGAUGUGUUUGGUAAUCAUACAAUCACUCUCCAUGGAAUCACAUUUAGUUUUGUUUAAUAGAAACUAAGUUGAUUUUUUAAUAUUUGACAGAGGCCAAUACCUGGGCAAAAAACUAACGGAUGCCAAAGAGAAAUGCCCAUUUGUAAAUGAGAGAAUACCUUUGUGCACAAGAAAAUGGUGAAUUCAAGCUAUCCAAAACUUCACAUUCAACCUAAUUUACUGUAUAAAUAGCAUCAAUAAAUAUUUGUGUUAAUGAGAACUAAUAUUCUGACUAAUUAUCUAAAAUGUUUCACUAGUGUUUCACUAGUACUC